UUUGAAAAAACGAAGCAGUUAAAGAAAAGUAAGGCGUGGUGUGCUGGCAUUGGCAAUCUUCGCUUCUUCUCUCUCUCUUAUUCGUGCGUGGAUCUACUUUUUGAAUUUCGGUGUUGGAACCCUAAACUCGAGGAUUCAGUUGGAAUCUGUGGAUAUGGCGACGGGGAAGACAUCUCGGUCGAGAGCCGCCGUGGCGAGUGUGAAGGAGAACGGACCGAAGCUCGAAGAAGGUCUCAAUCCCUUCAAGUCUGAGAAAUUCGACGCUGAGUCCUAUGUCCAGUCAAACUGCGCUCUCAACGAUAAGGAAAUUAAGCAAUUGUGCUCAUAUUUAGUGGACUUGAAGAAAGCAUCUGCUGAGGAGAUGCGUCGAAGUGUCUAUGCCAACUAUGCAGCCUUCAUACGAACAUCUAAGGAGAUAUCAGAUUUAGAGGGGGAGCUUUCUUCUAUUAGAAACCUGCUAUCUACACAAGCUGCCUUGAUACAUGGUUUGGCUGAAGGAGUUCACAUUGAUUCAUUAUCACUCUCCAAUUCUGAUGGUUUUUCAGUAAAUCCUACAUCAGAUUCCGAAGAUAAAGAGAUAUCAGAUCUGGACAAAUGGUUGGUUGAGUUUCCUGAUCUCUUGGACGUUCUUUUGGCUGAAAGGCGAGUGGAAGAAGCUUUGGCUGCUCUUGAUGAAGGAGAACGUGUAGUUUCUGAGGCAAAAGGGAUGAAAUCUAUCAACUCAUCUUUACUUUUAUCUCUACAGAAUUCCAUAGCUGAACGUCGACAAAAGUUAGCUGAUCAGCUUGCCGAAGCUGCUUGUCAGCCCUCCACACGUGGUGCUGAACUUCGUGCAUCAGUUUCUGCCCUUAAAAUACUUGGAGAUGGUCCCCAUGCCCACAGCUUGCUACUAAAUGCUCAUCAGCAACGAUAUCAGUAUAACAUGCAAAGUCUUCGGCCAUCAAGCACCUCAUACGGUGGAGCAUAUACUGCAGCUCUUGCACAACUGGUAUUUUCUGCAGUUGCACAAGCUGCAAGUGAUUCUUUGGCUAUUUUUGGUGAGGAACCAGCUUAUACUUCUGAACUUGUGAUGUGGGCUACAAAACAAACAGAGGCAUUUGCUCUUCUGGUGAAAAGGCAUGCAUUAGCUUCAUCAGCAGCUGCAGGAGGUUUAAGAGCUGCGGCAGAGUGUGUUCAAAUAGCAUUGGGUCAUUGCUCAUUGUUGGAAGCUCGUGGCCUGGCUCUUUGUCCUGUGCUGUUGAAACUUUUUAGGCCCAGUGUUGAGCAAGCACUAGAUGCUAAUUUGAAACGAAUUCAAGAGAGUACUGCUGCUUUGGCCGCGGCUGAUGAUUGGGUACUUACAUACCCUCCUACAGCUAAUCGUCAGACUAGUAGACCUUCAAGUAUAUCCAUUAGUAAUACAACAGCAUUUCAACAUAAACUUACAAGCAGUGCCCAUCGCUUCAAUUUGAUGGUCCAGGACUUCUUUGAGGAUGUAGGACCACUGCUUAGCAUGCAGUUGGGAGGUCAAGCUCUGGAAGGAUUGUUUCAAGUUUUUAACUCCUAUAUAAACAUGCUCAUAAAAGCAUUACCUGGAUCAAUGGAGGAAGAAGCAAACUUUGAAGAUUCUGGAAACAAAAUUGUACGCUUGGCUGAGACUGAGGACCAGCAAAUUGCGUUGCUAGCUAAUGCCUCAUUACUAGCAGAUGAAUUACUUCCACGUGCAGCUAUGAAGCUUGCCCCCAUAAAUCAGACUGCUUACAAGGAUGAUUAUCGAAGAAGAACCUCAGAAAGGCAAAAUCGUCAUCCUGAACAAAGAGAAUGGAGGAGAAGGCUUGUUGGUUCAGUUGACAGAUUGAAAGAUACAUUCUGUCGUCAACAUGCAUUGGACCUAAUUUUUACUGAGGAAGGUGAUAGUCAUCUUACUGCUGACAUGUAUAUAAAUAUGGAUGGAAAUCCAGACGAAAUUGAAUGGCUUCCAUCAUCCAUUUUUCAGGAGCUUUUUGUAAAACUGAACCGAAUGGCCAAUAUAGCAGCAGAUAUGUUUGUAGGGAGGGAAAGAUUUGCUACGUUGCUCUUGAUGAGACUUACAGAGACUGUUAUGUUGUGGCUUUCAGAGGACCAGAGCUUUUGGGACGAUAUUGAGGAAGGGCCAAGGCCUUUAGGUCCCCUUGGGCUCCGACAGUUCUAUUUGGAUAUGAAGUUUGUCGUAUGUUUUGCCUCCCAUGGACGGUACUUGUCAAGGAAUUUGCAACGAAUUGUUAACGAGAUUAUAACAAAAGCAAUGGCGGCAUUUUCUUCAACAGGAAUGGAUCCAUAUAGAGAACUGCCUGAUGACGAAUGGUUUAACGACAUGUGUCAAGAUGCAAUGGAAAGACUAAGUGGAAAACCCAAAGAAAUAAAUGGGGAGAGGGAUCUUAACAGCCCUACUGCAUCUGUCUCGGCACAGUCAAUUUCGUCCGUCAGAUCUCAUAGUAGUUCGUGAGGCAUAGUUUCAUCCUUGUAAAUUAAGGCAUUCGGGAAAUUGUUAGCAGAUUUUUAUACUCUUGAAGAUCUAUCUCCUCAUUGAUCCUGAUGUUCAACCUUCACUGUAA